CAUGUUGACAUUGGCACAUAGCCAGGCGUAGUGUAUGAGACAAUUGCAUGGGGGAAGCUUGACUAACGGAAAGAGUCGUGAGUCGCCCUCUUACUUCUAACUAACACAAACAGCUCAUACAUAACUAAGUACUACCAAUUCUCUAUAAAAACAAAAAAAAAAGGAAACAAGUUGAAAAAACAAAAGAGAGAUCCUUCCUGGGAUUUAUAGAAACAAAUGGAAACGGCACAUGGCGAACAAAUCGACGAGGUAGAGCAGCGAAAAGUCCGUAUUAUGAGAGCCCAUGUCCAAAGAGAAGAUCCCUCUGCAAAGGAAGUAGAUGAUUUGAUGAUCCGGCGAUUUUUGCGAGCUCGUGAGCAUGACAUUGAGAAAGCUUCAACCAUGUUCCUCAAGUACCUGAGCUGGAAGCGAUCAUUAAUCCCUAAUGGCUCUAUAUCUCCAUCAGAGAUUGCAAACGACAUUGCCCAAAACAAGUUGUUUAUGCAAGGUCUUGAUAAGACCAACCAUCCCAUUGUGGUUGUUUUUGGUGCCAGGCAUAAGCCUUGCAAAGGACACUUGGAGGAGUUCAAGAGAUUUGUAGCCUUCUCUCUUGAAAGAAUAUGCGCCAGAAUGCCGACUGGACAAGAAAAAUUUGUGGCCAUCGCUGAUCUUGAAGGUUGGGGAUAUACGCACAGUGAUAUUCGUGGAUAUCUAGCAGCAUUAUCCAUUCUGCAGGACUGUUAUCCGGAGAGAUUAGCUAAAUUGUUCAUAGUCCAUUGCCCUUACAUAUUUAUGACUGCAUGGAAGGUUAUCUACCCCUUCAUUGAUAGCAAAACCAAAAAGAAGAUAGUAUUUGUGGAGAACAAAAAAUUGAUGUCCACACUGCUUGUGGACAUUGACGAGAGCCAACUCCCAGACGUAUUUGGAGGCAAACUACCAUUAGUCCCGAUACAGGACAGCUAACUAGUUGGACUUGCAUUUUGGAAAGAGGAAAUUACAUGUCCAACCAUAAGCCAGCUUCAGAAGUCAGACGUUAGAGCAAAGAUAUCUUGUACCUGCAUUUUCUUCUUCCUUUAGCCUUGUCAAGGGUUUGUAGUCUUUCAACCCAGACCAGGACCAAAGGCGCCUGUAGUAGUGAUGACUUUAAUGUAUUUUCUGGCUUAAUCUUCUACUACCCAUAUUAAACCACAUGGGGAAAUGAGAAUUGUUCUUUUGACGUUAA